AUGAACAACUUGACCACGCCACCGAAGUCGGUAAAGAGAACUAAAUACAACGACGUUUCAGGUCGCUUGACGCCUCCAGGACAGAGAAUCAAAGGUUCGAAGAUCACCAGUACCAAGCUUUUAUCUCCCGAUUUAUCUUCACCGCCAACAACAGCUUCUUCCAAAUCUUUACAGAAACCACAGCCUGCAAGCAAAGCAUCCAGUAUGUCCAAGGGCGAGUCCAAAGGGACAGUUUCUUUGAAACGAAAUAAAAAGUUGAAGGUGCCCCAAGAAGUCGUGCUGCCUCCACCAGAACAAAUGCCUCCAGUGAUAGAUGACUCUGUAGAUUUCACAAAGAAGCCUCCUUAUUCUUAUGCUACGUUGAUCGGCAUGGCCAUCCUGCGAGCUCCAGGUAGAAAGCUGACUCUGGCUCAAAUCUACCAUUGGAUUUCGUCCACGUUCAGGUACUAUAAGAAGUCAGAAGUUGGCUGGCAAAACUCUAUAAGGCACAAUCUCUCAUUGAAUAAAGCAUUCAUUAAAACCGAACGUGCCAAAGACGGUAAGGGGUCGUUUUGGCAGAUUCAAAAUGGGUUUGAAUACAUGUUUUUAAGAACCAAGGACGGGAAGAUUAUCGACUUGGAGGUUGUGCUACACGAACCGUACCAAGCUAAACCACUUGAAUCUAUUACUGACAGGGAUUCUGAAGAUUCCGAAUCUGAAGAAGAGGAGGACGAAGAAGAAGAGGAAGAGGAGGUGGAUGAAAUACCAGAUGAAGAGAAGAGGAAACACGUCACUCCAACAAGACAGGGUCUCAACAGGAUAGCGUCCAGAAAAAGAAGGAGGUCAACGGAAGCGUCAGGAAAUAACAACACCCCUCAGCUGUUUACUCCACUAAUUAAUUGGAUUCCCAAUACUGAGAAUUUUCCUUUGCCCUCUGCAAACACUGGGAGUAGCAACAUUAUAACACAACUAUCCCCACCUUUCCAAAGGAAUCAAACUCCCAAUCAAUCUUUCAACUCUAGUUUCAGUUGCAACUCUAACUUUGAUCUCUCACCGAUAAAAUCAUCGGUUACAGGCCCGUUAUUAGAGCCCAAGACGCCGAUAGCCACAAUCAGAGUCUCAGGAAACAACAACAACUUUUUAACAGCAGCAAAACAAAGUACGGGUACAGCAACACCUAAGUCAGGAUUGGUGAGAACGCCUUUCAAAACUCCUAAUUCAGCCAACAUCAUGAAAAAGAUAUGGAAUUCUCCGUCUUGCUUGGAAGAUUUUUAUAGUAGUCCCAGCAACAAAUCCAAUUCUUCUAAAAGUAACAACUACUACUAUGGAAUUGAUAUGGUUUCUCUUUUGAAGAGCAUGAACAAUCCAGAUGAAGAAUUGGAAAGGUGA